AUGUGGAGCCUUCAAACCCUGCUGUCCAUCCUCUGCAUAGCUCUGAGCUGUGUGAGCGGUGCAGCACCAGUGAUCCAUGUGUCUGGAUAUGAAGGGAGAGAUGUUAAUGUUUCCUGCCCCUAUGAAGCUCGUUAUCAGACUGAUGAGAAAUACUUCUGCAGGAAUGACUGUGGCAAUAGUGAUGUUCUUAUUGGGACUCCACAAGCGAACAAGAACAAAUACUCCAUCUCUGACAACAAAAACAAACAAGUCCUCACAACGACCAUCUCUGAUCUGAGCUCUGUGGAUGCUGGGAAAUACUGGUGUGGGGUGACCAUAUUUGGACUGGAUCACUACCCUGCUGAAGUAAGACUGGACGUAGUGCCAGACAGCUGCUGUGAUCAGUUCACCGAAGUCCACAGUCAUGAGGAAGGUUCAGUGUCCAUCCCUUGUCCAUAUGACUCUAAGUACCAGAACAACCUGAAGUACAUCUGCAGAGGAAGGCAGCCCUCCAUAUGUCUGCAGCAGGCAGUGGUCACCUCUAACAGAAAACUCAAUGGAAAGUUCACACUUACUGGUGACGAGGAGUCUGGGAAAUUCACAGUGAACAUCACCAGUUUGACCCAAAUGGAUUCUGGGUGGUUCCUUUGUGGUGUCGAGAGAAACAAUGGCCUGGAUGUUUUCUCUGCUGUUAAGCUGGAAGUCAAAGUUUCUCCACAGACGACAAGCACCGCAAUCUCUAUUAUCACCACGGAGCCUGUCACAUCACAGUCAACAUAUAUCUCAACAAAUCCUGUCGAAGAUGUUACACCCAUUAACAUGGUGGUUUACAUCGUGCCUGCUGUGCUGCUGAUCGUGAUACUGACAUUUUCCGUGGUCAUAGUUUACAAAUGCAAAGCAAAAGGACCUGACGUCAGCAUGAACAGAAACAUACCAGAGAUGGCUGAAGCAGAAGAAAUGAGGGGCGUGGAUAAUAUAUAUGAAAAUCCAGAAGAUGUCUGUGGCUCAAAGCAGCAGAGCGCCUGUCACACAGAUGAUAAAGCAGCUGAAGAUCAAACUAGUGUGUACCAAAGCCUCAGUGUGACAGAAGACAUCUACUCUGUCUGUCAAUACAACAGUGAAUACAGGACCUGACCAGUAUGCAUGGCUGUAGUCAAAACUUGUAUUUUGGGGUGACAUUUCUCCCCAAAUUAUUGUCUUCAAAUCAUCCUGUUUAUAUCAACAAUAUUAAGAAAUAAGAUAUAAAUAAUCACGUGUAACU